AGCAUCCACGGCGUCAGUCCACCGUUUAGUGCCUCCUUCCUUCAUGUCGCUAACGAAAAUCCCAUUUCUUGUAUCGACUGCACUGAGCACGCAUGUCGCUUGGACGCCUCCUAACCCUCCGCCAUCACAAAAUGAACGGCUGAAAAAUAUCACGUUAUCUGAGGCAUUGUUUGUGAAGACAGUGCGAAAGGGGCCAUACAUGACAAAGAUUAUGAUAUGGAUAGUUUGCCUUUGCGAGGCAGCGGUAAUUUAUAUCCGACGAAACCCAUCUUCAGAUUUGGCAAAACGGCUGUUGCAGCUGCUUGUACCUGGAGCAUCGACGCUGUCCAGUCGUCAUCAUGCUAUUGGACAGAUUCGACUUUCACGCAUAUUCUUAGCCAGCUGGCUUUUAACCUCGCUCGGUGGUCUUGUACGUCUCGAAUGUUACCGACUCCUUGGACGUCUCUUCACCUACGAGCUGACAAUCCGUCCUAACCACGAACUUGUCACGACUGGAUUAUAUUCCAUCGUUCGACAUCCAAGCUACACAGGAGCGAUGUUGGAAGGCGUUGGUGUGGCUUUGUAUUUGAUGAGCCCUGGAUCAUGGGUGCAGGAAUGUGGGAUCUGGAAAACUAAUGUGGGGAAGUGCCUGAUUCUCGGGUGGAUAUCUAAUGUCGGGUAUACCUUGGUCAACAUGACGUUGCGGACGAAGAAAGAAGAUGUGUUCUUAAAGGAGGAGUUCGGCGAGGCAUGGGAGGCAUGGGCGAGGAGGGUGCGAUAUAGACUGAUUCCAGGCAUAUAUUAGUGUACUACCCAGUCGUCCACGUAUAGACUACGUGUAAAUGGUCCUAAGAUGUAUUCUAGAGGCAGCCAUUACUUGAAAACGAUAGUCACUUUAGCUUGUCAAGAAUUCGUCAGUGGUAAAAGCACUGACAGAUAUUUCCCCGGAACAAACAUCUUCACGGACAAGGUAUAUUGGUUCAAGAGCCGUUCUGAUCAUAGAUCUGGUGUGAGUGAUCAUGUCUGUAAGUAUUUAUAUCUCGAGUACGUGGGACCAGUGCGAUUUUCAUGGUAUACCUCGGAAUGGGAAUCCCCAGAUAGCGCAC